CCUACUUCCUGUGGCUGUCUGAAGCUUGCGUGGGAGGGAUCACGUGGGGCGAUGGAGCACGAGGCGCCGGAGGCUGAGGCUGAUAUCGGUUCUAGGUCGACUAGGCUCUCUCCACCUCAUCUUCCCCUAUCCCGGCUGGGUCUGAGGAAGCCUCUGGAGAAAAUGAAAAUGACAACAAAUGAAAGCUGUGAGAAGCAGGCAGCAAGGAGGGUGAUUCACAGUGAAGGAGCUUCUAACAGGAGACUGGAACCAAAGACUGCAAAAGGGCUCAGGAAGAAGGAUGUCUACAUUGGAAAUCUUCCAUCUGAGAUUGCGGAGGAGCAGAUCCUGCAGCUGUUUGCUGCGUUUGAGCCUGUGAAGGUUCGCAAAAUAGUGUCAGGCCUGAAGUGCUAUGCCUUUGUUGAUGUGGGGGAUGCUGAAAACGUGAUGCUGGCUGUCAAUCACUUGAACAACACCAUCUACAAUGGGCGACGCCUGGUCGUGAGAGAUCUCUGCGAGUCCCGGGGCAGUGAAAGAUUGACGGAAGCAACAGACGUCGAAUUGCCGCCUGGCAGGUGGUGGGCGAAGGAGGAGACCUCCAGCGGCAGCGACACCAGAAUGAGCCGGACACAGCUCCAACCCAGCAUACGGUCUGCCAGUGAGCGAGUGAGCGAGGAGCAAGUCCUGGGCUGA